GGUAGGAGAAAGUCAUUCCCAGACCUGAUCCGGCACACAAAUGGUGCGUCGCUGACUUCGAAGUCCGCCGUCUCCACCGACUCAGACUUUCCAAUAGCUCAGCCGUGAGAGCGCUGCACUGGUGCUCGACUUCGAGCUCUUCUCCAAGUGCCACAAUGUUGUUGUUUCAGGUGGACAUGGAGCGAUCUUGGCUGCCCAUUUGCCUCCUCCUCUGUGUCUGGUGCCCCGCAUUGGGAAAGGAGCUGGACCAGACGCCGGGCGACUGGGACGACUGGGGCUCAGGUGUCCAGGACCUCCUGCUGGCCGGCUUCCCUGCAGACAGUCCCUUUGUCUCGGAGACCCCGGGCAGGCCUGUUAACUGUACCCAGCGCUUCUGGCUGCCCCCCUCCUCCCCGGUCUGCUGGGACGACGUCGUCGGGCAGGAGGAGUUCGAGCAGACCCGCCUGCUGGCUCUCCAGAACCGGGCGGCGUUGGAGGCCGUGUCGGUGGCCAGCGGCCUGGACGAAGGGGGGCUCUCGUACGAUGAACAGGCCCGUCAGGAUGUGCAGGGGGUUCAGGCGGAUCACCAAGAGGUGGUCCAGACUGCCGAGACCAUGGAGAAGGUCUUCUUCUCUUUAGAGGACAAGAGGAGAGAGGGCACUGAGCAUUAUACCUUUUCCAAUAUAAAGGAGCAGCUGACCAACACCAGAGCCUCACUCCAUAGUCGAGAGGAGCUGGCUGCACUUCUGGAUGACAAGCUCUCUGUUCUAGAGAGGUCCCUGGACCUCAUGCAACUUCGGCUAGCCAAACUGCUGGCACGGAGAUGGUAGCCAUGCCGACUUCUUUUUUCAUGACUAUGCACGACCUAUAUUACAUAUAAAACCCAUUACAUUGACCAUAGAUUUCUCUCUGAGAUGUGUACUAUUUACCUGAUAGGUGAGCUUGUUAGAUGGGGAGGUAUUUAGGUUCUCAUCUAUAUCUUUUUGUGCCCCGCCAUCCUAAUGAUCCAGUGAAUCAUACAUUAUGGUGGAGAGUGUAAGUCUUGAUAAUAAAAUCUAUUUUUAUACUCUCAUCCUUCAGGCUUGUUCCCUUUACAUAGUGUAAUGACGCUAUGAAACUGCCUCAAAUUAAAUGCUUAGUCUGAGGAAAUAAUACUCAUUUUUAAAUAGAGAGCUUAAAGUGGUGGUAAUAGUGCUGUGACAGCGUGAGUAAGGCACUUAACUGAAUUGCUCCAGGGAUGCUGCAAUUGCGGAGACCCUGCAGUUGGUAUCUGUAAGCUGCUUUGGAGAAGUGUCAGAUAAAUGAAUAAAUGUAAUGUAAAUGUAACUAUACUAGAGACUUGAAGGAUGUUUUUGUAAGCAACUGGAGCUGGUAUCAUCUUCAAGGUAUAUGGUUGUCAUGUGACAUGCACCUGUCAUUCUAAUUGCCGGCAUAGGCUUGGCUCUGCACUACGCAGUUUUGUGGUCCAGAUAGAACCACUCCUAAGAAGUAAAAAAAAAAAAAACCUUGCAUGUCACCUCUAAGUAUAUUACCCCCAAAAUAGCUGCUUUUGAUGUUUGUUACUUUUGUUCAUGCCUUUGCAGUAGAUUGUUAGCUUUAGACAAAAGAAGCCCCUUGCUGCUGCUAGGCUAUAUUAUCUGUCUCAUUGUGGACCACACAGAAACAAUCUUCAGAUCGUAAGUGUUGAAAUAAAACACGGUCCCACUAUGCAAACAUGUUUAUUUCCAUACAUGGUACAGACUAAACUCUCAUACAAACAUAUAUGAACACUACGCUACUUGUUAACAGCUAUACAAAUCAGAUCCAGUGCACUUUGCUUUCUGCAUGAGAAAAAGGUUAGGUGUUAAGGAGAGAGUGACUAAUUAUGCCUUAACUUCAUCACCUCUGUUAAAACAUAGGAGCAUUUAUACAGAAUAUUCCACUGAUUCUUUAGAGAACAAAUAUCAAAAGGAUAUAUGGAUGUAUCACAGCAUAAAUAAAUAAUAAUAAAAAAAAGGAUUCCUAAUACCCCUA